AUGGGUGAUUCAGAAACAUCACCGAAACGCAGGUAAGGAAGGCGUCUAUGUGUUUACAUUCGGUAUGUGUUAUAAACAUCUCGGUUUUAAAUCAGGUUAGUACCUCAUUAAGUGGUGACAUGUUUUGUCGUAAAUCGGGCGACAUAAGGCGUGCAACGAAGAAUCUCAUUUGAUGCAGCAUUCACUGAUUUACAAAAUGAAGAAAAGAAGAAAAUAACCUAAAUCAGUGGAGGACAUUAGUAACAGUGCGCUUUGAUCAACGGUGAUAAGAUGAUUAUUAUCCUUAUAAUAGAAAUGAAAACGAUAAUUGUUGGACUGCCAAUGAAAAGGGAAGUUGACUUCAUAUCGGAAUAACUGACACUUUGAAGUGACACUUUUAUAAUUUGUGAGAGUUAAGAAUAAUAUAUAUUGUUUAAAAAAUUGGCUUUCUCAGUUUUCUUUUUCCCAUUCGUUAACAGAAAGCUUGAUAACCCAGACACAGAUCCUGAUGGUAAGUAUCCCAUACACUGAUUUGGCAAAAGUUAAUUUAUACGCCCGCCAGUAUCACUUUUUAUGUUUGUUACUGUAGAAUACCGAUUUUACUUCCUUCCACCAAUGAAACACUGUUAUUCUACAACCGAUUUAUCAAACCUCCCGAUAGUUCUAGCCAAUUUGCUUUUUCCAAGGUGUGGAAAUUUGGGAUCCUAUUUUAGAGGCUCUCUAUGGGUAUCUGCGGACAUCGUUUUCCAACAAAUCGUCGGUUUUUCAACGAAAUCGCCACAUGUCAAAAAAUGUUUUGCGUGGUAACACAACUGGGGAGCUCGAGCAAUCACGGCGACGACGACGGAAAUCGUCCUUUCAUCAACAGCGAUAGUUGCCACUUCGAUCUCGUCGGAAAUACCCAUACAUACAGUGUCUCACUGCCGUUGUGGAGACCAUAUAAGAACUAAUACUUUCCUUCCUCGAUGAUAAGUAACAAAUGUUGGUCAAUAUCCACUCAGCUUCAGUCUUACAAGCCCAGUUUUGACACAUUUCACGAGGGUCACCGUGUGAACUUAGAAAUAUAGCAAUCGUCGUUUUAUUUCGUUUUUCUCUUGCCUAUGCAUUUAUGGUUCGCUGUUUUCUAACAGGAAAAAAUGAACCGAAUGGUUCUCAAGUGGGCAAAAAAGACAACGCGGAAAGAGUGGAACAUUGCAGUAAAAUAAUUCCUCAUAAGGAAAUGAAUUGGAAUCCAAAGCAAGUUCGACCUGAAAUCGCCAUAUUGUAUCGACGUAUUGUUGACAGUCUAAAUCAAAAGGAACCAGAAGGAUUGAAGAGUUUUGAAAGAAGUGCUAUGCAUUUGGAAGCAUUCAUAAAAAGCCAGACCUCUUCAACUGAGGUCAAAAAAGAACUUCCAGGUUUCGCCAUAAACGCUGCGGACAAAGAGACCACAUCAAAGGCGAACGUACCCUUAGCAAAUUGUCCUACAUACGGGUUAUCUCAAGACGUCACUUGCAAGUUACCUGUAAGCUCUAAUGGUGAGGAUAAAAAAAUUGUUUAGACAAAACAAUUUUACAUACAUUAGCUGGUGGUAGCAGACAAAAUCGUGCGUGAAACGUGUUUAGCGCGCGUAUCGUGAAAUAUAAGGUCUUUGAUGUUUUUUAUGUGAGAAUAUGGUGGCCAGCCCGGUAAUAAUAUGACAUAAAAUUGUAACAGCAUUCGAUAAGGGUAUAGGUAAGCAUGAAAAUGUAAGGUAGCCUAACCUGACGUUGAAUAACAUAAUAUAAAAACGUAAUGUAACACAACGUGAAAUUGUAUUGUGAAAGUAACAAAAUAACACUGGGGACAAAUCAACAAUCUAUACAAUAGAACACACAAAUUCCCAGGAAAUACAAAAUAUUUCAAUAGGCCAUUUUCACGAUGGCGUCAAUUUACUACUACGACCAGAAUCCCUUUCGUUUUUGCUUUCAUAUUUAAAUUUUGUAAUCCCGGUGAGGUAUGAAUAACAAAAGCCCUAAUUUGUACAGGAAAGCAAAACCCUGAAGGAUUCUUGUCGUAUUAGUAAAAUAAUGUCAUCGUGCAAAUGACCUAUUGAACGUAUAACGUCUGCAGGCAACUGUAAAAACUGAAAAAAGUCCGACCUUGCCUGACCAAAAGACCGGGGGAAAUUUCUCUCGAGCAAUUCAUUUUUUAUUUUAGUUUAGUUUCAAUUGGCAUGUAAUGGUUAUUUUGGGCUAAUUAGAAAGCGAAGCAUUGCAAGCGACUGAAGUAAAAUUAAUUUCAAAUCUCAACUAAACCCCCUCUGCAUUAUUGACUUAAUACAUCAGAAACGAGCAAUGGAUACACUCCUGCAAGUCAAGUAACUUCACAGCCAAAUUAUUUGGAGUCUACUCUGUCAAGUAAGGACAGCAUCCGUGGGGUAAGUAUCUCGAAUUCGAAGUCUACCCCAAGUUACAUUUCGAGGAUUAUUUACAUUACUUUGUGUGGUCAGUUUUCCAGGCUGCUCGUGGGCUCAGAUUGCUGCCCUACAAUCAAUACGUCUAAAAUGAAAGGACUAGUAUAAGAGCAUCCAACAACGACCAAGGCACUCAAGGCCAAAUCUUAAACACCUUACACUAACUACAACUCCAAUCACUUAAAGGGGCUAUGUGUUGAGGAUGUUGCUGAUUGAGUUCAAUUCUGUGCUGAGGGCAUUACUUAGUACCUUUACCCAUACACAAAAUACGCCAAUAGAGUUAUGAAAGAAGACUUCAAACAAAUAUCACCAUGCAGCACAAACCAUAAAAAUGUUUUUUGUGAUUUUUCCAGGCAUGGCAUUAAAACACGAAAAGGUUGGCCCAACUUUUUCAAGGUUCAAUCCACGUCUAUCCUUGCCAUCCGUUACACCAGAAAACAGGAAACCCUUUCAAUGCCUAAAUAUAGUCCUAAAUGACAAAACUGAAACAUUAUUUUUGGAAUUUGAUUGAUAUGAAAACCAGUUCUAACGUUUUUAAAAUGAGGAAAUGUCGUGUCACGUAGCCCCUUUAAGAGAUAUAGAUUUACAUUGCCGACCUGAUCUUACCAAUUUGCUCUAGGUUUUGCCCAGGAUUGAGACCAAGCAUUUCAUUCAACAGUUCAGCGCCUUAAAAAGAUACUGGGGGGAAACUUUGAUCAGACACCAAAUCGCAAGGUCGAAAAAGCUGCCCUUGUUGCGUUGCCUCUUUUGAUAAAAAAUUUACUCCUGAUACUCCUUCAGUUACAUUAAUGAAUACAGGAAGUGUAUAAACGUGGAGGUAAUUUUGCGAUGCGUCCCAUCCAAAGGGAGAGAAGGGGUAAUAUCCAUAAAUGAUCAUGCUAAAGAGAACGCGUUAAACUCGAGCAAUAAGUAGAUCACCUUUGGCUAUUUGACAUUAUUAAUGUUUAGUUACAAAGAGUGACUUUGUCGUUUAUCGGCUCCUAGGAAAUCUAAGUUUCUUUCCUGAAACCAAGUACGCAUAACACUUGGAGACGUGGUCAUUGAUAGCAGGUUUUGUUAACAUUCUUCUUUUCUUUAUUUUUAAUAGGAAAUUAAAAAAAUCAUAAAAGACCGCACGAGACAGACGCUUGCUGAAGCCGAAAAGCUCCAGGUUCGAGUUCUCACCCUAGAAACAGAAAAUCGCAACUUAAAGCAGAAAGUAAAGAUGCUAUACAGCGCCGUGAAGGGACUAAAAACCCAACAGAAUAAGGUUAGAAUGUCUGAUGUGCACAUAUUUAAAUCUAAAAAGGCCACCGCUAUAUAAAGGAUAGUUCACGACGUUGGUUAUGUUGGUUUGAGGAGUAAGGGAUGGCGCAGUGGUGAGAGCGCUCGCCUCCCACCAAUGUUGUCCAGGUUCAAAUCCCAGCUUCGACGCCAUAUAUGGGUUGAGUUUGUUGUUGGUUCUCUCUUUUGCCCCGAGAGGUUUUUCUCCGGGUACUCCCGUUUCCCCCUCUUCUCAAACACUAACAUUUCCCAAUUACAAUUCGACCAGGAAUCAGGUAGACGAAGAACCACUUUGUGGAUGUGCUACCUCCAAAUCAUUAUUUAUCAUUUCUUUUAUUUAUUUCAAGGAAGGUUGGCACAGGUGGCUCUGAAACAAGGCCCUUACAAAACCCAUUGUUUUUCGUCUGUCUCGAGAUACCCCACUUGAUUAUAUUGCCAUAAACCCAAGAAUCUUUGGACUAUAUCACAGAAUAUCUUUCCCAGAACCUAAUAAUUCAGAUGUUAACACAACAUGUAUUCUUCCUCGGUUGUUUAAAAAUACAAGAACAAGGAUAAUUGUAGAUGCGUUUUUUUAACAUGACGUAGCGUUUGAGAUGUCAGUUUAUUAUACUCUUUAAUACUCAUCGUUAAUUAUUAAAAUUUCAAAGGAGCUAUCAAGAAGAAACGUAACGUCUCGCACAGUACAAACAGAGCCACAAAUUCAUGCAGUGGAUGUUCAAACAAUGAGACUUAUACCAUCCGAAAAACCUCUUCCUAUCCCUGCCAUUACGGUUGGAGCCUUGUCCAUUACCAGCAACAAGCCUUUGUUUUCUGUCAGCAAGACACACCCAAAAAUGAGCUUCUCACCUCACAGAAGUGUAUCUCACUGCAUGACCUCAGUAAAUCAAAAAGAUCCUCAUGGGAAAGAAAGUUUGGUUUGUACAGGCUCAGGAAGUUUUCCUCCACUCUAUAACAAACAACCCGAAAAUGGAUCUGUCUAUUUAUCAAAAUACGUGCCAUUAAUGUCUCAAACUCCAUAUUGCCGCACAAAGAGGCCAUCAUUAGACUAUGGAAGUGAAGGCCUUUUAUCACCUAUGAAAAAUCCCUACAAUGUGGCUACUUCAUCCCCACAUAACGAUAACAAAGGGGACUUGAAAAGAAACCCUGUAACGGUCCUUAACCAAGUUUUACAGCAAAUCUUACCAGAAAGUUUUACGGCUAUGGAAGAAAAGGUCAAAACGUUAUGUAACCCUGAUGCAUCGAGAGGAUCCAAUGUAAGUCACUUGUCUCCAGAAAGUACAGCUGAAGGCUCACCGUUGGCUAACAGUAAAAGGCCAGAAACCGUUUGGACCACAUCUCUUCAUCAACAAAGCUCACAACCUUGCGUUUUAAACGAAGACUUCAAAAAAGGCACACCAUAUGUUGAAAUGGCAGCAGCAUCUUAUAACUACAACGUGUUUAAUACGGAGACGAGAUGCGAUGUGGCAAAUUCGAAUUGUAAAACACUAACCAAGUCCUGGAUCUCGGCGACAUAUGAGAGCCAUUCAAGAAAACAUGACACAGUUAAAGAUAUCAGUAAAAGCAGAAAAUCAUUGGAACAUUCUUUUGUUGUUACCUCAGCACUUGAAAACGAGCCGCAGUCGCAUGUACUUGACUCUGAAUCACAACUCAUAAUAGCCGUUUCUCGGCCAUUUGACAGUUUGCUGUCACAGCAUUCAAGAACAGACUACAGCGCUCCUAAAACAUCGGAAUGUCGAUCGGUUGUGAGCCCUUCCACAGUCACAAGAGGUCAAUCCACAGGCCAAAGAAACUGUAUAUUCUCGCUAUCUGAAAUGUCAGGAUUAGGACCGAAAACAUCUACACAAAAGCUUUGUCCCUUGAGAUCCACCUCAACACAAACUUCCCAGUUGUCAGGAAAUCUAAUUCCUUAUGAAAGAACUGAGAAAAGGCAAAUGAACCUGAAUGGAUCAAGAGUUAAAAAGAUAAACACCAGUGACAAUAAAAUGACUCCUUACCAACCUCCGUCCUCCUUGCAAGCUCAGUAUUCCCCACCAAAAGCAACAGCUGGAAGCUCAACCUCUUUGUCUGACUUAAAAACUCCUUACCAUGCGUAUGAAGGACAAGGAUUUGAAAAUCCUGUAGCAAUUCUGCACUCCACACAGAAUGUUGACGGAAGGCAAACACAACAAACUUCUGGCAAAAAACCUGAAGUCCCUUUCAACAAUAUUUCUGUUUUUAAUUCACAAAAGAUGAUAGAUGACCAGACAUUCCGGAAGGAGAAUGUUUCUAGUUGCGAGUCACGUUUCGGUACAGUUUCCCCAGGGGAGGGUCAAAUGAUGCCCCAUCGGCAUAGCAGGACAUUGCAGAAUGGCGACUUCGUCUCACUUGCAAGGAUGUACCGAGAUAAAGGGGAUGGUAAGCAAUACAAACCAAGACCAGCCAUAAUGCCAAACAUAGUCAUCAGCCAGCCAAGAUAUCAACCUUAUCCAAGUAUCAGGGUGAAAGGAAAGGAAUCCCACCAGCCGUCAGUCAGGUCAAACACUCAUGGUGUUUAUGGAAUGUAUCACAGGAGAUCACCAAAGACAAAUAAGUCACCAUCACCAUUUGAAGUACCUCUACAUCCUGACCCACAGCUAUCUCCAAAGCAACAGCCUGAGAGUAUGCACCAGAACAUGUCACCAAAAUGUUUUCGUUUCCCUGAACCAGCAUUACAUCAAAAUGGUUUUGACUCGUAUGCUCUAUUGAAUUCUAAUCUCCACUCCCGUUCGAUGAAUUCGCUAAACCCUCCCCAUCUUAGUCAAGAACUAUCACAAUUUCCUCAUGGCCCCACAGCUACAAGUGGUUCCCUACAGAGAGGGUUGUGUUCUGACCAGCCCAUCAAAAGUAGGGUUGAUUCACCCAGUAAAGACCCUGGAACGAGCAACAGUGAUUUGUAUGAUUCAAGUUCACGGACCUCUCGCCGCGAUAAUAACAAAACGGCUGGGGAAUCCUUAAGUUUUAAUUGCACUUCGUUAUCUGAUUAUCCUUCUUCACGAGUCGGGGAAGACGAUGAAAAGGAUCAUCGACCUCCUAAGCACCCCUUACGAAGUACGUCUUCCCAACCAAAUGGGUCUGCUAAACCACAGGUCGAAAUGUCGCCAUUAUGUCAGCGAUACCUUAAUCAUCUAAGAAAAUUUGCGCAAGUCCGAUUACUCUCGCUUAACUCAGGAAUGAAAAACGAAAAUGAUAGUUGCCAACAGCAUACAUUUCAGAAAGGCUCUCUAAAACGACAGCCUGAAGUCCAAAACGAUCAGCUGAAAAAGAAACCCCGAUCAUCGUCAACCCAGGGUGUAAAAAAAGACAACCAUGCCCUUCAGCAACACAAACCUCGUCGACUGAUUUUUCAUCAUCUAAAAUUUACCAAUCCUCGGCAAAGAACGCAAACUUUUCAAGAAGGGCGGUCGAACUUAUUAGACUGUGAAAACACUCCACAAAGUAAACAGAUCCCUGAAGGAAAAUUAGGAGGGCAUAAUCUAAAGACCGAAUCUAAGACAGAAUUGAAGACCACUCAAACAUCCUUAACGGAAGAUUAGCAAUAAAGAACACCAUAAAGAAUAAACCUAGUUUGCUGGCUACAUCAACAUAGGUGUAGUUCAAAGCGGAAGCCAUAUUAAAAGUGGAAGUGGAAACGCGUGGAAGACAUAAAGGAGAGAAUUGCUCUUGAUUCGAUUCGAUAUCCAGAAAGCCAAAUUUUGCUAUGCUUUCUUUUUUGCCAUGCAGCCUAACUGGAAGCGUAUUGCGUCCGCUACAAUGUAUCUAGCAAAGAAUUUCACCAAACGAACCUCGUCCAGCCGAGUUUACAUAUUGUUUCUUUGAACUAGCUUUUUUGCGAAUCUGAAAGUACUGCACUAACUUUAUAAUCUUUUACGUAUAGGUUAAUAAGCCUCUACACCAGACGACCUUAGCACAACCUGCGAGCGCUAAGGACCUAAAAAACUUUACUGUCAUAAAGUCGGUUUCAGUAAGAGUAGAUGAUACUGUUAAAUGAAGUGUAAAAUUGUUCUAAGAAGAAGUGAGUUCGUAUCUUAAACGCAUAAGACAAAGACAUCACUCGAGAGUGUUUGCAAAAUAAGGACAGGUCCUAAUUAGGAGCAUUGGAAUUAAACAGUCUAAUGUGCUACAUAAUAGAGAAGAGAAGUAAUGAGGU